AUGGCAAGUGAAUUUUCUCCGGUUCACUUUUUCAAGAUAAUAGUUAGUGAAAGUCUUGAUCAAGGAAAGCUUAUGAUACCAGUAAAGUUUGUGAACAAUUAUGGAGAAGGUUUACCACCGGCUAUUUGUCUCAAGACUCCCCAUGGUGCAGAUUGGAAAAUAAAUUUGGCGAAAAAUGAUGGGAAAAUAUGGUUAGAAAAGGGUUGGAAAGAGUUUGCAGAGUUUCAUUCUCUAUCUCAUGGCCAUCUUCUAGUUUUCAGAUAUGAAGGAACUUCCCAUUUUGAGGUACAAAUCUUUGAUAAGAGUGAUUUAGAGAUAAAGUACCCUCUCAAAAUAGUUGAAGUCAACAAGGAAGUUGUGGAUCAAACUCACGAAAUGAACACAGGAAAACAUGUGAAUACUAUUGAAAGAGCAAAAUUGUUCAAAACAUGUAAUCCAUCCUUUGUUCGUGUCAUGCGUGCAUCAUACGUUGAACACCAUUUUCGUUUGAGUUUACCAAUUAAAUUUGGUAAGAGACACUUUGAUUUGGAUAAGAAAAGAGGAGAUAUUUAUUUUCAAGUGUUGGAUAAUGCAAGAGUUUGGUCUGUAAGGUACACAAUCAGGAUGUCCACUACAGGAAUAAGGUUUGAGCUCUCAAGGGAAUGGAGGAACUUUGUUAAAGACAAUGACUUGAAAGUUGGAGAUGCUUGCAACUUUGAGCUCAUUCUUAGAACUAAGAUCACUUUUCAAGUUCACAUCUUUAGAAAAACAAAUGAAGUCACCACAAUUUGUUCAACAUCUGCAAAAUCUUCCUAG